AUGGCUGGCUUCCUGUCAAGAUUUUUUGAGAAAUUAAAAUCUUGGAUAGCGUGGUCCUGGACAUAUUUAUGGGCUGUUUGGUUUAUUCUUGUUAUGUUUGUAAUUUACAUCUUAAGAGGGCCACUUAAAUUAAGUAAGUUUUACAAGAAUUUAAAUCAGUUCGUGUAA